UGUUAAUCGAUCAUUCCGGCGGCGUAUGGAUAGGUUCGAGUCAUCCGAUAUUUGAGUUGUUAAUCGAUCAUUCCGGCGGCGUAUGGAUAGCUCUCAUCUUCUUCUCGACUAUCGUUCUCUUCUGAAGCCAUGGAGUCUAUUCUUGUGAUUAAGGUUAAAUAUGGAGUGAUGCUAAGGCGUCUCAGUGUUAGAAUCCUUGAAAACAAUAAGCUGGAUCUUGACAUCAAUGGAUUAAGAGCAAAAGUACUUAGUCUCUUCAAUUUCUCCUCUGAUACUGAUUUUACACUGACUUACAUUGAUGAAGAUGGUGAUACAGUGACCUUGUUCAAUGAUGAUGAUCUACAUGACAUGAUGAGGCAACAGCUGAGGUUUCUGAGAAUUGAUGUGCAUCCUAACCAAUCCCAUGAUAGAUCCAAUGGAAGCUCGACCACGCCAUUGCGUUCGUUUCAAGAUAUUCGUACUGAUAUUUCUGAGGUUUUGAAAUCUCUGCCAGAGCCCUUGCCGGAGAUUUGUUCACAGUUGCUCGACAUCGCUUCAAAAGCCUUAGUUACUGGCCCUGCACUUGAUGAGCUUGUUCAAACCAUUCUUCAGUUGAAAGACGCGCACCUGAACUCAGAUUCGCAGCCCUCAUCUGUUCCUGAGACAGUUGUGGGCACUGAGAGUUCUGAUGCUCCUCCUGGUUUAGAUGCAACUGCUUCAGUUGAUCAUAAUGCCCUUCCUCGUGAUCCUAUUUGGAAAUCAGAUACUACUGCCCAUUGCAGCAGCUGUUCCUUUGAUGCAUUUCAUGAUCCCCUUCGUAGAAUGCGUAUGCACGGUCCUACGUCGAUGCACAAUUACCCAUAUCAUUCACCAGCAGCAGGUUAUCUGAAUGAUAAUCUUAUGAAGGAGAGGCCUAUGAGAGGAUUACCCAUGGUUUCUGGACCAAUUAGCCACAGUGGUUACUUCCAAACUAUGGGAAAAGUCUUCCCUGGAGGUCCAAUGAAUUACAGCAGUGGCAGCAGCAUUGAAUCAAUGGGAAGUAUGUUCCAUAAAGGUAUUAUUUGUGAUGGCUGUGGAGCUCAUCCAAUCACCGGUCCACGGUUCAAGUCCCAAGUGAAAGAUAAUUUUGAUCUAUGUAGCAUCUGCUUUGCUAAAGUGAGCAAUGUGGCUGAAUACGUUAGGAUCGAUCGUCCCGUCUCUUGUCAGUAUCCAAGAAUGAAAGCAUUCAAUCCUGUUCUAAUGCAGCAGCAGCAACAGCAGCAGCAUCCAUUUCCUGGCCCCCGAACAAUCGAUACACUGAAAAGUUCUGGAAAGCAGACCAAAUUUUUAGCUGAUAUGGAUGAUUCUGUGAUCGCCCCAUCUACACUGUUUACCAAGAAAUGGCAGUUGCAUAACCUCGGGAGUUCGAAUUGGCCCCGUGGUACACAGCUAGUGUGGGAUGAAGGAGACAAGUUAAGUGAUUCAACAUCAUUUGAGAUACAGGUACCUGCUGGUGGACUUCCUCCGGGACAUCAAAUUGAUAUUGAAGUUGACUUUACUUCCCCUCCAUUAUCUGGUCGGUACCUCUCAUACUGGAAGGUAGUAUCUCCAUCUGGCCAGGAGUUCGGGUAUCGUGUUUGGCUUCUCAUACAGGUAUGCUUGUAUGCAUAUCUCAGUUUUUCUAGUUCUGUAUAUACGCACUUAAGUAGACUCAAUUUAUGUUGUUCGUUCAUGAAGGUUGAUGCAGCUCUUAAGAGGCCACAUUCUGAUAAUCUCCAAGCUUUGGACUUAAAUUUGCCCCCUAAAGUUGUAGACUCAAAUGGCCAAGAGGAUCUAAACAAGGAUUUGGAUACUCUACUUUCUGAUAAGCUUUUCCCUCCUCGUGAUUCCAUCCCCAUUGCCAAACCAGUAAAACCUUGUCAUAAUCUGCCUAAAACUGUGAUCGAGCAACAACAUGAUAUGAUCGACCAGUUGCUAGUUCGCAAGAGUUCUGCUAAUGGCCAAGAUCUAAACAAGAAUUUGGAUACUCUACUUUCUGAUAAGUUUUUCCCUCCUCGUGAUUCCAUCCCCAUUGCCAAACCAGUAAAACCUUGUCAUAAUCUGCCUGAAAAUGCGAUCGAGCAACAACAGGACGAACAAGAGAUCGACAAGUUGCUAGCUAGCAAGAUUCCUGCUAAUUUGGUCUCUUAUCCAACUGUUGAUUACCAUGGAGUUCGAGCUAGUUCAACAACCAAGGCUCCCUCUGUGUCAUACCCUCAUAUUGAUUCUUCUGAACUAAUUCCACCUGCUGCAAACCGAUCUCCAAGACCAUCCCCCAUGGCUUCUCAUUCUCCAGCAUUAUCUGAAGAUAUCAGUUUUGAUCAUCAUAUCCAAGGACCUCUACUUAAGGCACUCUGUGAAAUGGGAUUCAAACAUAUCUAUCUGAACAAGGAAGUACUGAAGAGGAAUGGGUACAAUCUGGAGAAGUCGGUGGAUGAACUCUGUGAGAUUCCUGAAUGGUAUCCGAUGAUUCAGGAGUUGGAUAAAAUGGGAUUCAAGGAUGAGGAAAUGAACAGAAAACUUCUGAUGAAGAACAAUGGCAGCUUAAAGCGAGUAGUGAUGGAACUUUUGAUGAAGAACAAUGCUUAGUUGAAGAACAACGCUCUCAUAACUAUGGAUUAGGAUGUAAAUAUGGAUGAUAAAUAAGAGGGGUAGUGUUUUUGUUAGGAACAGGAUUGUUUUUAUGCUUAUUUCUAUGGUUUUUCUUAGGCCUUUUCCAGUUUUUGUUCAUCUUCGUGUCGUAGUUGCUCAGUCAUUUGAGCCAUUUUUGUCGCAGAGAAAUUAUCAAGUAAAAGAAACCUUGAAACCAGCCAUAAAUUUCUUUGGUUA